CUGCAAGAUCUGGCCCGCUUUACGCGUACCGCAAACGGGUUAUUGUAAAUCAAGCAGCACCUCAAAGUACCCAAGCGAAACCUUCUCCUCACUAGAAACAACUCAAAAUCUAAAACCUUCCCACUCCCUGGAUCUCGGCGAGAUCUCCAACCGUACAAUCGCCGGCGUAUUCUCCGGCCAAUAGGGCCCGUGGUUAUCCUCGAUCCUGUGUCGAAGAAAAGGGAAAAAAAAUCGAAAGCUUGAGGUGGGGGAUCAGUUUUCUGCUAGAGAUUGCUGUUUUGAUUGAUGGUAAUAGAAAACUUCGGUUACAAGCUAGAAGUAUUGAUAGCUCACUGCAAACAAAAGAACAAAUAAUUUGACGGGGAAAAGAAACAAGAAAUGUCUUUCCAGAAUCAAGGUUUUUGGAUGGCAAAAGGUGCUGACUCAGUAAAUGAUAGCGAUGUUAAUUAUGAUUCAUCUAGAAUUGAGUUGAAGCGAUCUCAUCAGUGGUUUAUGGAUGGUUCCGAGGCAGAGCUAUACUUUAACAAGAAACAGGCAGUGGGAGUUCCAACCAGCAAUUUAUUUUCAGGAAUGAUAAAUUCAAAUAUUUCUCCAUGGGGGAAUCCUUCUAAUUUUCAUUCAAUCUCUGACCAUUUUUCUGAACGGUUAUUUGUUUCUGAUACAGCUAGGGCAUCUAAUUACGAUGAUAGAAACAUUCCAUUGGUUAACUCAGAAAGGGUUAAUAUGGAGAAAAAGGUAAAUGAGGACCCAUUUGGGAAUGAUUCCUCAUUUAAUUUAUCUAUGUCUCACACGCUGGAAGAUCCUAGAUCAAGGUUAAGUUAUGGUGGGAUUAGAAAAGUGAAAGUUAGCCAGGUCAAGGAAUCUGAGAAUAUCAUGCCUUUGUCAGCAGAAGAUGGCUACAGUAGGGUGGAUAACAAUAAUACUAUGUCAACCUCUCAUGCUUAUGAGAAGAGUGAAAAUACCAUAUCAACGGGUCUUGCUUAUAACAAAGGGGAUGCCCACAUCAUUUCAGUAGGUGAAACCUUUGACAGGGAGAGUAACAUUUUCAUUUCAAUGGGACAACCCUAUAGCAAGACAGAUGACAGCAUAUCAAUGAGCCAAACAUACAAAGACAAUAACAAUAUCAUGGCAAUGUGUCAAACCUUCAGUAAGGGUGACAAUAUCAUAUCUAUGGGUCAAACCUACAAGCCAGAUGAAAACACUAUAUCAAUGGGUCACCUCUUCAGCAAAGGCUGUGACAGUACUGUUUUGAUGAGUCAAUCAUACAUCAAGGGUGACAAUUACAAUUUGUCAAUAGGUCAGUCUUUUAAUAAGGGAGAGAGUACUAUAAUAUCCUUUGGUGGCCAUGACGAUGAUGAUACAAAUCCCUCAGGACAGCUCAUAUCCAAUUAUGAUUUGUUGAUGGCUCAGUCUACUUUUCAGAGUUCAGAAGUAAUAAAUGAGAAAGAGGUAGUCAAUUCAAAUGUGGAGGCACUUGCAUCUGCUGUCCAUGCAACUGUCUCUGGAACUGAAAAUGGUUCAAAGAAGAAAGAGGACCUAAAGACAUCUAAGAAGGCUCCUCCAAACAACUUUCCCUCAAAUGUCAGAAGUUUGCUAUCCACUGGAAUGCUGGAUGGAGUUCCGGUAAAGUAUAUAGCAUGGUCACGGGAGAAGGAGCUCCGUGGGGUUAUAAAAGAUUCUGGAUAUUUAUGUGGCUGUCAGACAUGCAAUUUCUCGAAGGUAAUUAAUGCUUAUGAAUUUGAGCGACAUGCUAACUGCAAAACAAAACAUCCCAAUAAUCACAUAUAUUUUGAGAAUGGGAAGACUAUCUAUGGCAUUGUCCAGGAGCUAAGAAGCACACCUCAGAGUAUGCUUUUUGAAGUUAUUCAAACGAUAACUGGAUCACCCAUCAACCAGAAGUCCUUUCGUCUUUGGAAAGAGUCCUUUCUAGCUGCAACUCGUGAACUUCAACGUAUAUAUGGAAAAGAUGGAGGGAAAAUAUUAUGACAAAAGCAGCCUUGUUCAAGUUGCAAGAACCUGGUUACAUGUAGUAUCAGAGCUUGUUUCCAAGUGGGCUUGAGCUGCAAAAUAGUUCAUCUUAGUUGCAUCCAUGUCCAGAAUCAGGUUUCUUUCUAUUUUCCUAAAUUUCUCUCUUCGUUUACUCCAUUUUUUUUUUUGGCUUCCCUCAGAUUUCUUUCCUUCUCUCUAUUCCUUGUUUUCUUUUCUGCAGACCCUAUUUCUUCUUCUUUCUUUCUGAAGUCUUGAAUCAAUUUCUUUCUUCUGUUGAUCCGGUUCUUUCUAUUCUCUUCUUUAAUUUCUCAUUUCCUGCAUCAAAAUAUCUGUUUCUUGAAAUUCAUGAUAUAUCUGAUCCUUUCCUCCAAAUUUUCCUCUCUUUUUACUCUAUCCCCUCUCUUUCUAAACCUCUCUGUAUUUCUUUCUUUAGAUCUUAUGUUUUUGUCAUAAUCCACAUAUCCUGGCCUUCUACCUUCAGACCAUGGAAGUACAAUUUUGGGACCAAAAAAUUAUUAAGGGAAUGUUGGCAAUUAUUGACAGAAGACUAAAGGAAUGCAAAGAAGAAUUGUAUCAGAAAUGUGCAUGUGAUAAGAUGUUUGAAGAGAAAAUGGAAGAGCUGAAAAAAUUUUUCUCAAGAGGCACAACCCAAAAAUCAAUCUCAAGAAUUGGAGUUGAAAUCCCAAAUUCCAGGGGGGUUUUUACAUAAAAUGCAAAGAAAUGGAAACUGUUGCAGCCUUUACUAAUGAGAUGCAUUCAAAUUGUCUUGUACAAGGAGGGGAAAUAAAGGGGGUCGACAAUAGGCAGCAAGUCACUGACGAGAAAGUUCUUGGACAAUUGAGAAUUGAUUCUGCAUGCGAGGAAAUAUUGGAUCCUGAAACAGUGGAUGAAUCUACCAAUUGAGUUGUAAUUCCUAUGAAAAUGCUUCAAGAAGCUAAAAUAUCCAAGUUAUCUUUCUCAAAGAUAGAGUGCUGAAAUAUACAGAUGAUUCUCAACUUUUUUUUAGGUCAAUGUUAAUCAGACUGGAGUUGGGAGGCUAGGUUCCAGCAGGGUACUGACAGGGUUCGUAUAGCUUCUAUUCCCAGAGAUACUCUGGUUUUGGUGGAAGUUUUUUUGAGCUGAGAUAAAGUAAUCAACUCAGAGAAUGAGUUUAAAAUUAGGAGACAACAGAGGAAGAAAAUCUGUUCUUUGAGAUACUGCAGUCAUUUAGUACUCAAAAAGAAUGAGUUCAAAAUGAGAAGAUGGCAAAAGAAAAAAAUCUGGCUCUAGCUGCAGCUGUUGGUUAACCAUGAGACUCUCCACGGUGCUGUAACAGAGGCUGCAAAAGAUGUCAACAGCAAGUUUACCAAGGUCUCAUUCAAUUUACCAACUUACCAGCUGAGGGCCACUUGAGAAGGCAGACCUUUAUUCAGCCAAAGUUCUGCAUUUGAGCAUUCUUGAGGACAAGAAUGCACUCGUGGAAGGUGGUCAUAUAGGAGCAGUGCUGUUAGGCGUAAACUGAAGUUCUUAAGUAGUUGUAAAUCUGUUGAACAGUUGCAGCUGUAUAACUGAAGUUGUUGGGAAAUGAAUAUAGAGGGAACAGUUAAAGAAGAGAUAGCUGUAUAAAUAACAGCAGGGUCAGAAAAUAUUAAGACUGCAGUAAAUUCUUCAAUCUAAUUCUCUCUAUUCUCUUCUAUUAAGCACUAUUUCUCUCUCCGACGUCUUCUCCUAUUCUUCUUUCCUUUUCUUUCUCCCUAAUUCUGUUCGUUUAUGUGAUUAAGAACCUGAUUACAUGAAAAACUCUAAGCUCAACCUCUUGAAGCAGAUUCUGGCCCACAGUUUUUAGUGUAAAAAGGGAAAAAAAAUCUGCACUGAUAUUAUCUUGCUUACCCCUGUAUGGUUAUCUGUCCUAGUUCAUUUUGUUUAAGAAAAGCAUGUCCAACAGGUUCUAAUGCAUUGUGAACAAUAUUACAUGUUUUGUGUAUAUAUUUUUUUUUUCUUUUUGGGCAAAGGAUGUGUUGAUAACUAAUUCUCUCUCAUCUCGUAAUUCUUUUGAAUACUUUUGUAAAGGCUUAAUAUUUUCCAGCUCCUUUUCACCUCAACCACUUUGCUAUUUAUAAUCAUCGGAUUGCAAAAAAGAUAAUUCUCCUCUAAAUUCUUA